UAUACAAUGGUCACCAUUCAGACAGAAAGGCAGUUGUUAGAGGGUGAAUGGCAGGAACACUGUGUCUGGUGCCUCUUCUCUUGCCUCUGUGUAUCAGUGUGACGGUGAACACAGAGGUGGCUCUGCAAAAGAGAAUCAUUGGAGGUGAUGAAUGUGAGCGACAGUAUCAUGUACAGCUCAGAGCAGUUUAUCCACAUGGACCUUCCAGCUUGUGUGGAGGCUCUUUGAUCAGUGACCGCUGGAUUCUGACUGCAGCUCACUGUCUGAAGCCAGGAGGGAUCAUGUUUGCAAAUCUAAGUGUGCAUCAAGGGGGUCCGGAGCAAGAAGUGCAGAUAACAGCAGAAGCUGAGAUCUAUACAGACAAAGACACCAGCACAGGCAGAGUUCAUGACAUCAUGCUGCUGCAGCUACCUAGCAGCUCUGAUGUCCAACCUAUAAAACUACCUGACUGUGAUGAACCUCCUAAAAGAGUUGAGAUCGCAGGUUAUGGUGCCAUCACUGGACUAGCUAAUGAGAAAAGAAAACCUGGUAAAUCACCCUCUCUUCACUGUGCAGAGACUGAGGUUGUCAGCUGUACAGAGCUCAAUGAUAUUUUACAGAAAAAAUUCCCCGAGGUCCACCGAGUCAAGAGCUAUCAACACUGGUUCUGUGGACAAAGUCCUGGGAAAGAUAUAUGCCGAGGAGACUCUGGUGGAGGAGUGGUUCAUAAUGGCAGGAUUUAUGGGGUCUCUUCUUUUGUGGGAGAUCCGGACUUUGUAUGCAGAGCACCGGCUGCCUUCAUGGACCUCUGUGAUCCUGAGUAUGCAGAUUGGAUCAGGAAAACUAUCAACCCAUAAAAAGCUGUGAGGUGUGGAUAACUGUAAACAAGCUGAAAUAAAUAAUCUUUUAGAGUUUAGCUUUGCAAAAGCAUGCAAAACGUAACGGAAGUUGAAUAAAACACAAUAGAAAUAGAAAAAAAUGCCACAAAGCUGAAAAACUGAACAAAAAACAAACAAAAAACAAACACAAAUUACAACAGAAAUAAUAAUAACAAUAUAAAAAAACCACAAUAGAAGUAGAUAAAACCCUUCUCAUCCUAAAACUUGGUGGCAAAGUGGAAUAUGGUAAGGAAAGGCUCAUUUAAGUGCUUUCAUUACUCAAAGGUUCCUGUUAAUUAUGCAUGAAGUGAUUUCUGGAGGGGAAUGAAACUUAACUGAAAUGCUCCCUGUGACAUUUUGACCUGUCAAACGCAGGCGUAACUCCUGUUAUUCAUUGUUGUAUUGCAGGUCUGCUGUGCACGACGUCUGUGAAUCUGAGUAAUUUGGUUCAGAUGAAGGAAUAAGACUGCUCAGAUGCUUUGGCUGUCACGUAAUGAUUCCUCAGGUUAAGGUGUCUUUGGUGCCCUAACUAACUGUCUGUGCACAUUGAACAGAAAUCCUGCCAUGACAGAACACACUAAUGCCUUUUCAAGGGAGAACCGAUCCUAAUCUGAGCUGUCAGCCCCAAGUUCUCUGCAGUCAUCAAAUCAAGCAUAAUCUGGUUUGAACAGGCUCCGUGCCUCACUGCA